GACAGCUUGGCAGAUUUGUUGUGACAACGCAAACAUUUUUUUUCCUCUGUGCCGCUUUUCGUAUUCAUACGGGUCGUCUAAUUUCGAUUCCGCCCGCGAUUCAGCGCAGAAUUUCACUUUGCGGGUGUGAUCCAGAUUCAGAGGAGGGAACACACAAGAUUUCACCAAUAACGAUCACGAAAGUAGAAACCGUUACGAGUCGUGUGUCAGGUGAGCAACGACGGGCGACAACGAAAAAGGAUGACGUCCAAGCUGGAGAUUAACGUUCGGAGUUUAAUUGCCCAGUGUGAGGAACUGGCCUCGGUUGACCAACAGGACUGGAGACUGAAGAAGUACAUCAAAUCGCUGGACACGAUGAUCUCGGAACUGGAGGAUCAAUUUGAGAAACCGGAAGAAAAGUUAAUCACAGAGUACCGCAACCGGUGUGCAGAACUGAAGAGGCUCUCGAACUAUGUGGAACCGUCGCCAAAUUUGGAACAGAAGCGCCUAAAAUCCAAACUGAAAGCAUCGGGCGAUAAUGGCGGGGAGGACGUGAUUAGGGAAAUUCGACAGAUCCAUGACCAAAAGUUCCAGAAAGAACUGCGCAGCGAACUGUUCAGUGGCAACACGACCAUUCGACGACGGGCCGGUCAAAAGGUAGCCGAGAAUCUGGAACAAACGGUCAAACAGUACUCGGACGUGCAGGAAAAGCUGGCCGAGGAUAUGCUUCUGCUGACUCGAAACCUCAAAGAGCAGAGUGAAAUUUCCAACAAGAUUAUCAAACAGGAUACGGAGAAUUUAAGCAAGUCGACUAAACUAACCGAUCAGAACAUGUCCUCACUGUCGACAGAAUCUGCGAAGCUGCAGGAAAGCUCGAGCAAAGCUUGGAAGUGCUGGAUGUGGUUGAUGAUAGGGCUGGUGAUGAUGAUUUUCAUAUUUAUGGUGUUAUUUAUGAAGAUAAUGAAGAAAAAAUCCUACUGAAGACAUUCCCGCCAGUUUGCCUUUAAGGGCUUGGAUGGACCUGCCCAGAAUAUUUAAAAAUUUCACAGCCCCUGCCCAAUGCCUUAGUAUCCUCUGUUUUUCUUAUUAAAUUUUGUUAUUUUUUAGUUUUUUUUUAUGAAAAUGGAUAUAAAUAAAUUUUACAGUAUUUGCAAAAGUAGUUCUCAUCGCUGGA